AUGCUGCUUCUUGCAAACAUCUGUUCAUCCCACGACAUCAUUGCCUCACAGGACGGGGGAGUGCACUCGCACCUGCCAUCACGAGUUAUCUCCGACCUGCAAGCCUGCAGCUUGCCACGACCAGCAGAGGAAGUGGAGGCAACACUCUUCCCGCUCUUCCGCACCCAGAUUCAGCCCUUCCUCUCCACGGCACAUCUGCGAGUGGUCAACAACUUUGACCCCUUCCACGCCCGCGAUGCCUCGCAGUUCGUCCUGAAGAGCGACAAAAAGGUGACUGAGGAGGAUAUACUGCGAGUGAUCGACCCCUCCACCCACCACCGGCGCCAGCUGUGCUACACAGAUGUUUUCUUCUACCUGCCUGGGUUGCACCCAGAGGGGUCUGUGAGGGAGUCUGAUUGGAUCCGCGUUCGCUGCUGCAACAACCGAUUCGCCGUGCUUAUACGCGAGCCACUGACAGAGGGCGACUUUGUGAUUCAGCCGCAAGUGGAGUUUGACAUUGGGCUGUCCACCGUGGCAGGGCUCGUGAGGCUCGGGUACAAGGCAGGGCUGUUCAUGGAAGUCUCAGCCACUGUGUUUCAAGACGACCAGAUAUCAGUGGAGGUGGUGGGGAUCAAGGGCUUGAAUGGGCGCCGCUUUGUGCAAAUCAAGGGAAGCAGUCGGGAUGCCGUUGCUGCCGCAGGGCGAGCCAUGAGGCUGGAUGGGACGUACGUUACCAAGCCAUUCGUGGAGAUAAUCUACGACAGCAACCGAGUGUUCUUCUCAGAGUCGGUGGAUGUGCAUCGAAACCAACAAGCAGCCCGCUUGCACGCCUUGCUGCAACGCGUAUCCCCUCAGGCUGCUCCAUCGUUACUACCUAACAUGACUGUCGCUGGCACCAGCAGCAGCAGCAGAGAUUACAACAGAGCACUCGCAGCGUCCAUGCCACCAUCGUACCCUUCUGCUACAUCUGCUGCUACAGCCGGCACCAGUACACCCUCUUACGGCGUACUGCCAGCUAUGCGCACUGUUGCUGCUGCUGCCGCUACAGCAGGUGCUGGUGGUGCUGGUGUUACAGCCGGUGGUGCUACUAACAGUGCCAGCAUCCCUCAUGAAGUAUCUCUGCCAACUCAGCCUCCUGCACCGCCACCACCGUCAGCUGCUUCUGCCACGUCAGCAUCGCAACAGCCAGCUGCCACGUCAGCGUCGACGUCAACCGCCAGCCUGGCGGCUCGGCUGCAGCUGAUGGACGCUCGACUGACGUCGCUGGAGCGAAUGCAAUUCCUCAACACCGAUUUUCUGUUUCCCUUCCUUACACCUGUCAUUCUCUCGCUCCCUCAUACACUCUCCACUCGUAUCAUUUUCCCCCACUCAAUACCUCCUCUCCGCAUCUCUCCCCUCCAGGCUCUCCUGGGGUCGCUCCUCCUCUACUGCUGCGUCGCCCUGCUCUUCUCCCGCCGCCCGCAUCGGUGA